AUGAAAUAUCCAAAUAUGGGUAAAUCUAAUAAACUAUUAUCUUCUGCAAUUGCUUUAAUUGCGUUAAGUAAGGGACUAACUCAAGUCCAGGCUGCUGACUCAUUAUGUCAGACAGCUACUCCGUUGGUACCAUCUUUCAACAACUCCAUUCUAACCAUCUUAUACGAUGAAGAAUAUAAGUCUGAUUCUAUCGAAAGACUAUCAGGUGCUGUUCAAAUUCCAACUAUUAUCCAAGAUGUUAACCCAGAUCCUGCUGAUAACCCAGACUAUUAUGCCGAAUUUACAAAGUUGCAUGAAUAUUUAAAAGAAACUUUCCCAUUAGUUCAUGAACAUUUGACUCUUGAACUUGUAAAUCAUUAUGGUUUACUAUACACCUGGCAAGGUAAUAACACAUCCUUGCAACCAAUGCUUUUUACCGCUCAUCAAGAUGUUGUUCCUGUUGAAAACACUACCCUUGACCAAUGGGACUUCCCACCUUUCUCGGGUCAUUAUGAUGACGCUACUGAUUUCAUAUACGGUAGAGGUGCUUUUGAUGUUAAGAACUUAAUCAUUGCCCACAUGGAAGCUAUUGAGAAACUGUUAGAAGAUGGUUACUCUACUGAACGUACAGUUCUACUAGCUUAUGGUUUUGAUGAAGAAUCAGGUGGUGCUUUAGGUGCUGGAUAUAUCGCCCCAUUACUUCAAGAUAGAUAUGGUGAAAAUGGUGUUAUGGUCAUGUUUGAUGAAGGUGCCGGUGUUUUGAAGCUUGAUGACAGCCAUUAUGUCGCUACUGUCACAAAUGCCGAAAAAGGUACAAUGAAUCUAGUAGUUACUGUCAAUGGUAAGGGUGGACAUUCAUCUUCACCACCAGAUCACACUACUAUUGGUGUUGCUGCUGACUUUAUUACUGUUUUGGAGAAUAACCCAUUCGGUGUUCAGUUUAAUGUUCAAAGUCCAUUGUAUGGUUUGUUAACUUGUGCUGCCGAAUAUUCAGAUGAUCUUCCAAGUGACCUCAAAAAUUUGAUUCUUGGUGCCGCAGAUGAUACUGAGUUAGAGACUUCUCUGGCAAACUUCUUGGUAUCUAACGACAUGACUAAAAAUUAUGUGAGAACUACACAGGCUGUUGAUAUAGUUAAUGGUGGUGUCAAAAUUAAUGCUCUUCCAGAAAGUGCUUAUUUUAUUGUUAAUCACAGAAUUGCAUUUGGUUCUUCUGUUGAAGAAACUAGACAAAGGGUUAUGAAGUACGCAAACGAAACCGCUGUAAAGUUUGACUACGGUUUGGUAUUUGAAGGUAAUGAGAUUAUUCCAGCCACUGAUAACGGUUAUAUUGAUGUCGACUUACAACGUCUGCUAGAACCUGCUCCAGUUACUGCCAGUAGCGGUCCAGUUUGGGACUUGAUGGCCGGUACAGUAUCCAACUUAUUCGAAAAUAAUAUUUUUGCUCAAAAGGGUGAAGACAGUGAUAUUUUCAUUACAACUGCUGUUGUUACUGGUAACACUGAUUCUAGACAUUACUGGAAUGUAACCGAUACCAUUUACAGAUUUACUGGUGGUGUUACUGAUCCAGAAAUUCUUGCUACAAUGCACACUGUUAAUGAACAUAUGUCUAUGGAUGCUCAUUUACAAUCUACUGCUUUCUUUUACGAAUUCAUUGUUAACGCAAAUGAACACGGAAGUUCUAUUUAG